AUGUCGCUGGCGCUCGCCGUCGGCGUACACGCGACGUGCAAUCCGUUUUGUGGGGACAAGACGCAGGGCUGGGAUAAAAAGUGCGACUGGGGUGGCUGCUACAGCUGCACCGAGUGCUCCGCCCCUGCGCCGGUGUGCAACCCGUUUUGUGAGGACAAGACGCAGGCCUGGGAUGCCAAGUGCACCUGGGAGGGCUGCAACGGCUGCACCGACUGCUCUUCCCCUGCGCCGGUGUGCAAGCCGUUUUGUGAGGACAAGACGCAGGCCUGGGAUGCCAAGUGCACCUGGGAGGGCUGCAACGGCUGCACCGAGUGCUCUUCCCCUGCGCCGGUGUGCAAGCCGUUUUGUGAGGACAAGACGCAGGCCUGGGAUGACAAGUGCACCUGGGGGGGCUGCAACGGCUGCACCGACUGCUUCGUCCCUCCGCCGUCGCCGCCCUUCGGGCCCAAAUCUUGUACCCUCGUCUACACGGGGUCCGACUUUUGCGGCGACGAUGAGGUUCUUGCCGGCUUCACCGACUCGCUUGUCAGUCGCAGUCUUGGCGGAAACAUUGACGACUGCGAAGCCUUGUGCCUCGCGACCGCCGAGUGCCUGUUCAUUUCGUUUUGGCCUAGCGGCUGCGUCGGCUCGCGAGGUGGGGUGCUAGUAUGGGCCCGAUACGUCGCAGUGUUCUUGCUCCCAGCGCUUGCGCUUCGGCGGUUAGUGGUGCACUAA